UAAUCUCUCAUGUGAGACUGGGGAAGACCAGAAAUGCUCUCAGGCAAGGAAUAUUCGUCUUGGUCAUUCUGCUCUAACUGUCUUCUAAGGUCACAAUUCGUCCUCCGCUCCUGAGUUCUGGGUGUCAACGUCAACCUAGCUUCUCCUAACUUAGCUACGUAUAUUGCUACCCCACAACUCGAAAGCUGCCUGUCUGUUUUCACACUCUUAGUUGAAGAGGCGUUGCUUUGGACAUAGAGUUCGAACCGCCAUGGGAAGCAUCAUGUAUGAUCCGUUUUACGUGAAGACAUACCAGAAGUCACCUGGCGACGAGUUUGAUCUUUUCAGUGACAUCCAUGUGAAGAACCCGAGCGCCAUGCUAGGAGAGAGGAGCUCCAAUAUUUGCAGGGACUCCCAAGAGAUGUCCUUAUCGUGGCGACGGUUAUCAAAUUUCAACAGUCGGCUAGAGCAAAAAGUUGCAGAAGACAUUAAGCGCUAAAGAUUCUGCUUCAGCUGACACCUCGUCGACUGAAAGAUACUGGAAACGACACUGGUGCCAUCUUUUUUUAUACUUGCGUUGCCGCAAAUUAGCUCCUCUCUUUGUAUCUAUGUCCCUGUGAUUCCCCCUAUUUGUAUUGCCGAUUAUAUAU